AGAAGAGAAGAGAAGAGAAAAAAAGAGAGUAAAAAAUAACAAAUUUUCUAAAAAAAGUCAAAAGACCGCAGAAUAAUAGAUAAUAGAUAAUAAAUAAUAGAUAAAAAAAAAUGAGCCUUUUAGAUCAACUAUGGGACGACACUGUUGCAGGGCCUCGGCCGGAGUCCGGCCUUGGGAAGCUCCGCAAAUACGCCUCCUUCUCCCCUUCCUCCUCCUCCCCCUCGUCCUCUGUCGUAGUCACGUCAGCUAAUGCAGCUGUUUUCGCGCCGAAUAUUACGCGAAGCAUCACCGUAAUUCGCACGCCGCCCUCCUCCGCCGCCUCGUCCCCGCGCGGCGCUUCCGUCCCCUCCUCCCCGGCCGCCGCCCCGGAGUCCCCCUUUGCAUGUGAGAUCCCUUCGCCGACGCCGAGAGGGAGUUGGAAGAGCCUGCGGAGGAAACCGACGACGCCGACGACGGCGGCGGAGGGAGCCGAGAAGGUGGGGCCCAGGAGCCCCAACGUCUACGAUUGGAUGGUGAUUAGUUCAUUGGACAGGUGAGACAAGUAGAAGAGGAAUAAUGAAACACAAGAGGGGGCCAAAAAAGAAUAAAAUAAUUAUAAAAAAAAAGAGAUAUGGUUCUCUUUCAUGUGUCAUGUAGAUGGUGGUGUUCAUAUUUAUGGAUCAUUAAAAGUGAUUUAGAUUUUUGUAGUAAUUAAUAAUGCGAUUAUCAUUCGAGGUAGAAGGAGAGAUCAGCAUCGAGAUGAAUCUGAGGAUCAAAUGAUAUUAUAUAAAGAUUUUAAAUCUCUACUUUAUUUUCUCCCCUCUUCUUGUGUUGUUGAUUCGCUGUUUAAUGUUUCGUCUAUGUAUUUUGAUUCGACGUAUGUUAAGAGCAAAGUGUCUUCUUAA